UCAAUCCGAAGGACAAUAAACAUUAAUGGCUGACCUAGAAAAAGUAAACAAUUGUUACCAGAAAUGAGUCUUUCCGUUCGUUGUUUUGUUCCCUGUUUGAUUUUAAUUUUUAAUUUUAUGACAACUAUCAGAGAUAGCAAAUUUUUAAAAAAUGAAUUCAGACGAUUAUAAUUUUGAAACUGUAUUAGGGAACGGAACAUUUGGAAUGGUGCACUUGGUACGGAGGAAAAGUGAUUGGAAGCCUUUUGUUAUUAAAGAGCAAAAAUUAAGUGCAACAAACUUUUUGAGUUUUAAGAUGGCUUUGAUUGAAGUUGAUUCCAUUCGGAAAUUGAGACAUCCGAAUAUUGUUUCCUAUCGUGGAGCUUGGUUAGAGGGUAAACGAAGUUUUAUUUUAAUGGAAUUUGCAAGACAUGGGACUUUAAAGGAUUUGCUCGAGAAACGACAAAGGCCUUUAAAAGAAGAGGAUGCUGUUUAUUUAUUCACUCAGGUCGUUUUAGGAGUGAACCAUAUUCAUUCGAAAAAUAUUUUACACAGAGACUUGAAACCAGAAAAUAUUAUGCUCACUGGACGAAAUGCGGAUGUCGUGAAAAUUGUUGACUUUGGACUUUCAAAAAACAAUCAAGAAAGUAUCUUGAGUCACGCGGGAACAUAUUUUUACAUGGCACCGGAAAUGUUACAAGGCCAGGCUUAUGAUUUAAAAUGCGAUAUUUGGAGUAUGGGUGUCGUUUUAUAUGAAAUGGUCACAAAAACACUUCCUUUUCCUGCUACGACUCAUUCGGAAUUGAUGAAAAUGGUGAUUUUUGAAAAGCCAAAGUCCUUGACAAAAGGCUUGAGUGGAAAUUUAAUCAGCACUAUUUCCAAAAUGUUAAGAAAAACUGCAAUUUCACGACCAUCAACGGAACUACUGAUCUCAUCACCGUGUUUGAACAAAAUCGUCGUGAAACUCUAUCUUAACGUUGGUCGCACCCAUCCGGUCUCAAAGGAGGAGCUUGCUCCGCAAGUAUUUCUCAACUUUUUAAAACCUCAAUCUGCCUCUGUCCCGAAAACAGUUUAACAUCUUUUUAAUUUAAUUACAAGACUCAAAAAGGGUCUUGAAGUCGAGAUUUAACAUUUUUAUCUAUUUUAAUAUUUUAUCAAUUCUUUUUUAUUGUUCCAAGAACUAAAAACUGUUUUUUUAUUUUCUAAAGACUUACUAUAUUUGUUUGUUUUGCACUAUAAAAUAUUUAU